UCCUAAACAAAGCCGAGACAAGAGGAGAACAGAAGGACAUAACAGCAGCAGAAACACUUUGUGUUCAUACCUGACGACAGUUAAUUCACAACAUUUGUAUUAUACUUAUAUUAAGAGUCAUUAUGGUCCGCCUGACAGUGGAUCUGAUCGCAAAAUCAAGCAAUCACUCAAAAACCUGCAGAAGUGUAUCUCUCCAGCAGUAUCUGAAGAAACUGACCCAUCUCAACUUUUCAAACAAAAGUAUAGAGGACAUUGAUGAUCUAUCGAUUUGCAGAAACCUCACAGUCCUUUACCUUUAUGACAACCAAAUAUCACAAAUCUGCAAUUUGGGAUUUGCCUCAAAACUUACACAUUUAUAUAUGCAAAAUAACAAUAUCGCUUGCAUAGAGAACCUCUCAUCUCUGCAUAAUCUCUCCAAAUUAUUCUUGGGAGGAAACAGCAUCACUGUGGUGGAGGGAUUAGAGGAGCUGAAAAGCCUAAAGGAGCUGCACGUGGAAGGUCAGAAACUACCCAGUGGAGAAAAGCUGGUCUUUGACCCGAGAUCCAUUUCUAGCCUAUCUGAAACCCUGUGCAUUUUAAAUAUCUGCAAAAAUAACAUUGAUGAUAUAUGGGAAUUGGCCCCUCUCAGAAAACUCACCCAUCUUUUUGCUGCUGAUAACCAGCUACAGGACAUACAGGCGUUAGAGACAGUGUUCAGCCAAUGGUCUCAACUGCGGCUACUGGAUCUGAGAAGAAAUCCUGUGUGUCACAAACCUAAAUACAGGGACAGACUAAUAACUGUCUGCAAAAUUCUAGAGGACCUCGAUGGAAAACAAAUAAAUGAGCUGUCUAGGCAGUUUCUAAUCAACUGGAAAGCCUCGAAAGAUGCAAAGAAGAAACUAGAGGACGAAAAAGACGUCAGAGGACAAAUCACAAAUCCACCUACAACUGAUAUUCAGACGGGCACUCAACAUCUCUUUGCCCAUGACCGCAGUAGCUCUCUGAGAAAGCCGUCAGAAUUUGGGAAGCCCGGCGUUGCAUUUCGGACAGACCAAGCUCAAGCAGACAACAGAGGAAGAAGGUCAAGGGGGCUAAAUAUUCCAAUGCGGAGAGGCAGACUCUGAAAAUCUGAAACUGCUGAUUUAAAACCCUUUAUCAGUGUCCUUUUGGCUUUUAAAAAGUAUUUGUCACCUGUGUGAGGACUUUUCCUAAAUACUUCCAAUACAGCGAGUCUUCAGCUCUGCAACUUACAUACAAUGUGAAUUUCUGAGCAGGUUCACCAUUAUGCACUAUCGUGACAAGUAUUUUGCACUGCCUAGUUUGCAUCUUCAAUUUCUUAUUUCUUAAAUAUUUGUGUAUGUGUUUGUUUGUAAUAAAUUUACUUUGCAAAA